AUGGAAGUUUCCACCGAGACACCCUGUAUAGAAGUUGAUCUUCCAUUAUCAAUGACACCAUACUUUGAAAUGAUCUUCUUCUUUCAGGUUGCAGCUUUAUACCCCAUCAUCUUCGGUCAUAUUUGUUUCGACAAUUUUUGAUGCAUCGUCAGCCUAAACGUGGCUGGACAAUUUCGGAUACUGCAAUGCAGAAUAUCAAACAUGAGUGUUAUAAAGGAUACGGAUGAAUUCAAAAAUGUAUCGGACAAAAGUUUGUUGAAAUUCACAGAAGAUUAUUACAUCAUCUUUAAAAAUUAUAUUCAACAGCAUCAAACUCUUAUCGCCUAAUGCGAUCAUCUUGAAAAAGUAUUCAGUCUUCUUUUAUUCGUGCAACUGUUAUGGUUCAACUUGUCCAUUUGCUUGGAUGGAUUUCAAAUACUUCUGGCGAAUGCACCGGACAGACGAAUCACCUUUUUCUUCCACCUCCUGAGCAUCAUAUGCCACUUAUUUAUGUUCACCUGGACCAAAUGUACAAAUGGACAAAAGCUAAGAAGAGAUUUGGUAAUGGUCAUCAUGAGAUCCAAUACACCUUGCUGUCUAACAGCCUAUGGAUUUCUUAUUGUGUCUCUGGAGACUUGUACCAGGGUUCUCAGUACAGCAGCAUCGUACUUUACGCUUCUAAAAGGAAUAAAAGGAAGACAGCUCUUCAUACAGAGCUUCCACUGCUUUACCAUAGAUGUUCAUUAUACGUUUAAAUAAAUUAUAGAGAACUUUGA